AAAAGAAAGGAAAAACAACUUCACAAAAAUGUUUUCAUCAAAAAGCUUGUGCUGGAUUAUUAUGAUGUUGAUUUCCCUCGUAGUUCUGGUUCUGACUCAUGGUCGAAGGGCUCGUUAUAUCCUGGGGGAAGAUUUCCGUUCACCGGAAAUACUUUCUGAGGCCGGCGUUUACGCGUCUCGAGCCACGUUGUUUCUUGUUAUUCUCCUUUGCAGGUAUGUUUAUUAUGGACUAGCCACAUUACUGGAGUGGACAAGGUGCUGCCAUUUGCCGGAGAUAGAGGGAGAAGCUCUUCGCCGGAGUUAUACGUGUCCGUCGGCUAGAACCGGACAACCAGGAGCAAGUGACGAUGAAGGAAUAUCUCCAAGGGGCGGAUCUGGCAUACGGCCAGGGAGGGCCUAGGCUUCGAC